CGAAAAGCCUCACCUCACACAUACACACACACUCUCUCUCACACAUUCCUUCUUCUUCACAAAAAUUCCGGCGAAACUCGGCAAUCCACCACCACAACCACCGCCGCAGCCCCUCCUUUUCUCAUUAUUAUCGGGCGAUCGACCAGCACGUCAGCUCCCGCCGCUACCGCCGUGGACUUGUGCUCGCCGCGCUCUUCUCAGCCUACACGCUACAACAUCAAAGAGGCCUUAUUCCUAUUUGUUUAUAAGGUCACUAGAAGAUUCGGAUUAGAGAUAAUAGGAGCUCUCUGGAAAAGAAUGACCUUUUGCCUUUUGGUUUGAGUAUUCACAAUGUCAGGGGUACUAAGUUCUGGUUUGAAUGGAUCGAAUUCAAAUAUUCCCGAUAAUGCUGGAAGAGCUUUUGCAACUUCCUUUUCUGCACAAUCAGGUUCAUCUGGAGCUGCCUUAAACCAGUCCGGUGCAGGUAAUCUUCAGGGGCUUCACAAUAUCCAUAAUAGCUUUAGCAUGUCUAACAUGCCCGGGCCUUAUGCAUCAAGAAAUUCGGGAAAUAUUGGUGGUCUUCCAAAUGGUGUUCAACAAGCUCCAGGAAGCGUGUCUAAUGGGAGAUAUGGGAUAAAUAGUCUCCCUAAUGCAAUUUCUCAGCUAUCUUUGGGAAGUUCACAUGGACAUUCAGGUCUUAAUAAUACAGGGGGCCCAGGUGUGCUUCCAAAUAUGGGAAAUACAGGAAGAAUUGCAAAUACUAUUGGUGGUCUUGUGGGCGGGGGCAAUGCUUCAAGGGGGUCAAGCUCUACGGGCGUUGGAAACAUCCCUGGUCUUGCUUCGCGUUUGAAUCUGACAGCUCCGCAGGUGGUAUCCAUGCUGGGAAAUUCUUAUUCUGGUGCUGGUGUGCCACUUUCUCAAAACCAAUUUCAAGCUGGGAAUAAUAGUUUUAGUUUUAUGGCAUUACUAAAUGAGUCAAAUGCCCAUGACAAUGCUACUUUUGAUGUAAAUGAUUUUCCUCAGCUAUCAGGGCGUCCCCCUUCAGCUGGUGGCUCUCAUGGUCAAAUAGGUAUGAUGCAAAAGCAUAACAUCGGUUUUGGUCAGCAGAACCAAGAAUUCAGCAUCCAAAAUGAAGAUUUCCCUGCUUUACCGGGAUACAAAGGCGGUCUUAAUGUUGGUGGUAGUGCUGAAUAUACCAUGAAUGCUCACCAAAAAGAACAAAUCCACGACAAUAUGACAAAUUUAAUGCAGCAGUCUCAGCAAUUAUCUAUGGGGAGGUCUUCUGGUUUUAAUUUUGGUGGCUCAUAUUCAUCACAUCAUCCUCAACAACAUCGUGCUUCCUCAAUAAAUGGAUCAGGGGUUUCCUAUCUAACAUCGGGCAACUCAGAUCUUCAUUUUCAUGGUCCUGAGUAUCAGCAAUUCCAGCAGUCCCAAUCUCGUUUCAUAAAUCCAUUUAGAGAUAAAGACAUGAAAGCCACGCCGGGAUCCCAAAGUGUACUGGAUCAAUAUGGGAUUGUUGGUCUGUUAAGCGUCAUAAAAAUGGUAAAGCCAGCAUUGAGCACUCUUGCUCUGGGACUUGAUCUGACGACCCUAGGUUUAAAUUUGAACUCAUCUGAGACUCUUAACAAGAAGUUUGCAUCUCCGUGGUCCGAUGAACCUGUCAGAGGAGAACCUGAGUUCAGUGUGCCGGAGUGCUAUUAUGCUAAACAGACUCCCCCUUUAAAGCAAACCUAUUUCGCAAGAUUCCGUCCAGAAACAUUAUUUUACAUCUUUUACAGCAUGCCAAAAGAUGAGGCACAACUUUUUGCAGCAAACGAACUGUACAACAGAGGAUGGUUUUACCACAAAGAUCUGAGGUUAUGGUUUACGCGGGUGAAGAAUAUGGAACCUCUUGUCAAAACAAACAGUUACGAGAGGGGUUGCUACUUCUGUUUCGACCCCAAUCUGUGGCAAACAGCAAGAAAGGAUAACUUCGUCCUGCAAUAUGAAAUGGUUGAGAAAAGACCUGCGCUACCUCAGCAAUAACCGUAUUAUUCCCCCAGUCUCCCUCGCUGUCUAAUCCACUAUUUAGAGUUGUAUACAUCAUAACAGAGAAUAUUGUUCCCGUUUUGGAUGAUGUUCGAUGUGCCACCUUUCAGAGGAGCAUGUCAUGAUAGAGUAAAUUUCUGUAAUACGAUGUCGCCUCUACGAGCGUGUCAUGAUAUUAGAUAUGUUGCAGUGCAGGAUAGAGUAAAUUUCUGUAAUCUGAUUCAGAUAUUGUGCUUAUUUGGCUGAAUUUUGUGAAGAAAAGAUGUUAUGUUAUUCAAA